UCGCCCUCAUCAUAGUAAGAAAUUCGACCCAAAAACCUAAUUCAUACAUAACAUAUAAUCUACUCGAUCCGAUCAGUAUAUAUUCUGGGCACUGGUUCCCAGAAGAGUGGAGCUAUUUCGACUACAAGAGUCGAUUAAUUACUUACCAGGAAUAAAACCCUAUUCAAGGAAAAAGUCAAUCAACCUCACCCGAGAAACUUGACGAGCUAAUUAUAAGAAUGUCGGAAUUCGACGUGGUUUCCAGCACACUAGCGGAACAGCUGAUGGUAGAGGAGCGACCGUUCCAGUGCCACGACCGGGUGUUUUGGAGGCCGUAUGAAGCGUUUGUCUAUGUGCACGACAAAUACAUCGACCAACAGCGGGAGGCAGGCCUCGAGAUCAACCAUCCCGAGAUCGUCCGCUUGGCGAUGUACGACGUCUUCUGUGGGAGAUGUUCCCAGCGAAAACCGAUGAGAGAGGCCAUCCGAGCCGACAAAUACUUCCUCGGUGGAAGACACAAAAAGCCUGAUCUUUUGUCCGUCCCCCCUCGUACGGCCCGGGAGGCCCUUCUCGAGAAUUGGCAUCGCUAUGCCCAGUGUGUCGCCUGGACCUGCGCCGACAUCGUUCGUAACUUCACCAACGACCAUCUCAUCACAUCCGACUAACUGCUGUGUAUAUAUACCCUUGGCCAAUAAACCCGACCGACCGCUAAAUACCUCAAAGGAUUUCAGUUGGCGAAUAUACAGAUCAAUUCACCCUGGCCAGCUUAUAAGUUAAAACUAGUUUCUGACUGUAUUUUUGUUUGUUAAAUUUCAAGCGCUAUAGUAUAGCCUGUUUCUUCUUAAAUUGGUUCUUUCACGUGCUGGUGUUGUUUUAUUUUUUUAAGUUUCGAAGAGUAGUGUCUGAUACACCUAAAAUAACUGUCUCACUUGUAAUAUGUAUAUUGGGAAAAGAAAACAAGUCUUGUCCACAUCUUGGUUUUAAUGAAAGUUGAGAGCUCAAG